UCCCAGUACGAAGCUUUUAUCUUCCAGUGCGAAGUGCAGUGGGAGCCCACUGGGAGAAGCGCGUUCACGCAUGCAGCGGCGCGCCUCGGAGCGGACGGCGCGUCACGGGGGGGCUGGUCGGUGACACGGGCUGGCACCGGGAGUUAAUGAAUCCGAGAGUAAGUAGCGGAAUGUACCGGUCUGUGAUCUUCGACGCUGCCGGCUAGCACCUUGCUCACCGCUGCCAUGGUACGUCUUACAGACGGAGCAGUAGUGACACCUCGGCGCUUUAGAGCGAACGAUUCUUUGGAUGGUUCUUCUUAUUAGCGGACUCUAGUCAUCCGGACCCGGGAGGGGACCACAGGACGGACGGACAUGGAGAAGGGGGUCCGAGGGAAGCCGGGAGCGCGUCGGGAGAAGAGCUCUAAGAACGGGAAGCUGUUCCGGAGGAGGUCGUUCCGGUUCGUCGGGGGCUUCAUGAACAAGAUCAUGAGAACUUUGGGAACUUUAUCGCAUUUUGGAGGAGACAUGGACGACGGGAGGCGGGAGACGGAGGAUGAUGACGGGGGGUUCCGGGAUGGGACCCCCUGCACCCUCCUGGCCAACUCCGGGAAGAUGUUGAGGGAGGAACCCACCGGGGGGCCGGGGGACCAGCUCCUCAAGAAGACCUGCACCACCACCACGACCGCCACCUCGGGGUCCCACCGGUCCUCGGGGCGGGAGAAGCUUUUCUGGUACUACGGGGACCAGACACCCGGGGUCCUGGGGCUGAAGAACCACGGGAACACCUGCUUCAUGAACGCCGUCGUCCAGUGCCUGAGCAACACCGACCUGCUGGCCGAGUACCUGGGCCUGGAGCGGUACAAGACGGACCUGGGUCCUGGGGCUGGGGACGGGCCGGGGGGUCAGGGGGGGACCAGGACCGGGGAGGUGACUGAGCACCUGGCGCUGCUGGUCCGCGCGCUCUGGACCCUCGACUACACCCCGCAGCUGUCCGUGGGCUUCAAGUCCACCGUGUCCAAGCACGGCUCCCAGUUCCGGGGGAACUCUCAGCACGACGCCCUGGAGUUCCUGCUCUGGCUGCUGGACCGCGUGCAUGAGGACGUCCACCUGCCGCCCUACAGCAACAACAACAACAGCCUCCAGGCCCCGCCCACGGGCCCUGGUGGACCUGAGGCCGACCCGCCUGCCGACCCGACCCAGCCACAGUGUGUCCCGCCCGGGGAGAGCCACAGCUUCGUCCAGGACCACUUCCAGGCCCAGUACAAGUCGUCUCUGACCUGCCCCCACUGUCUGAAGCAAAGCAACACCUUCGACCCCUUCCUCUGCAUCUCGCUGCCCAUCCCCCUCCGCCACACCAGGCCACUGUGCGUCACCCUGGUGUUCAGCACGAGGGGCCAGCGGUACCUGCGUGUGGGGCUCUCUGUGCCGCUGCAGGGCUCCCUGGCCGGCCUGCGGAGGAUGGUUGCUGACGAGGGACACAUCUCCCCCGACCAGGUCAUCCUGACAGAGAUCUACUCCACCGGGUUUCAGAGGUCGUUCUUCGACGAGGACGACCUGACCUGCGUUGCCGACAAUGAUGUCAUCUACGCCUUUCAGGCUCCGCCCCUUUACAUCAGAGCGGGAUCCGCAAGGAUCUCAGGGUACCACCACAGCCUGCCGUCCUCGCCCUUCUCCUCUGGUCCUGAAGGUCAAAGGUUACCCCCGUCGGGCACGCUGUCGUCUGAGUUCCUGAACCAAGGCGGCCCCGCCCGCAUCCUGCUGCUGGUCUGCAACGCCGCGCAGAACGUCAGGUUCGGGCCUCCCUUCCUGAUGCGUGAGGACCGCUCUAUCUCCUGGGACCAGCUGCAGCAGAGUGUCCUCAGUAAGCUGUAUUACCUGAUGAUCAACGGAGCGCAGGCUCAGAACGCCAGAGUGUUGUUCAACGUCCGCGUCGUGGGUGGGGCCUCUAGCUCAGGACCCUACUGCUACCUGUCGCCGCAGGAUGGCCGGCCCCUCUACCACCCCGCUGUGGAGCGGGCUCUGAGGCAGUGCGGGUCGGGGGCCCCCCCCCAUGUCAAGCUGAUCAUCGAGUGGGAGCCCCGAGUCAAAGACUGCCUGUUCGGGAACAUCCAGGAGGAGGUGGUGAAGGACGCGGAGAGCGUGCGCGGCCAGCAGCAGCAGCACGUCCAGCAGCUCAGCUGCUCUCUGGACGAGUGCUUCUCCCUCUACACCAAGGAGGAGCAGCUGGCCCCUGACGAUGCGUGGCGCUGCCCCCACUGCCGGCAGCUGCAGCAGGGCGUGGUCCAGAUGAGCCUGUGGACGCUGCCCGACAUCCUCAUCCUGCACCUCAAGCGCUUCCGGCAGGCGGCCGAGCGCCGCACCAAGCUCACCACGCUGGUGUCCUUCCCCUUGGCCGGCCUGGACAUGGCGCCCCACGUGGUCAAGAGGAACCGCGGCCAAUCCGCUGCCAGCACGGCCCUGCCCGACCCCGCCCCCGCCAACUACCUCUACGACCUGUACGCCGUGUGCAACCACCAGGGUGGGCUGCAUGGCGGCCACUACACAGCGUUCUGCAGGAACUCGGUGGACGGCCAGUGGUACAGCUACGACGACAGCAGUGCCGAGCCCGCCCCCCACGGGGAUGUGGUGACUCGUGGCGCCUACAUCCUCUUCUACCAGCGCCGCAACACGGUGCCACGCUGGUCUGCCAGCUCCUCCACCUCAGGGUCCACCAGCUCCUCAGCGUCGGACCACUGGCUGGUGCGGCUCCGGGAGAGCAGCCAGAGAGACAGCCUGGGAUCGGCCGGGUCGCUGGGGGCCCCCCCGGGACCCCUGCCCCCCGCCGACUCCCCUGAGCUGCCGGUGUUCAGAGAGGAGUCCUCCAGACCAGCAGAGACCAGCCCCGCCCCGGAGCCGUCCACACCGCAGGGGUUCCGGGGGCCACGGGUCCGGUCCCUCAGUAUGAGGUCUCCCACCCGGACCCGGGAGGCCCUGAGCAAGGUCCUGCCGCUGCGCUGGUCCCUGGGGGCCCGGGAGCGCUCCAGACCCCCCCAGACCCCCGCCCAGACCCCCGUCCCGCUGGUGGAGUACCUGGAGUCCGGGCGUCGUCCGCGCUGCUCCAGGGAGCCCAUCGUCGCCCUGGUGGCCACGCCCCCUCUUGCCGUGAGGGGCGUGGCCUCCGAGGGGGGGUGGGGGGAGCCAGGCUGUGGCCCCGGUGGGGGGGCCGGAGGGGGAAGCCCCUCUCCCCGCAGACCGGAGGGGCAGAGCAGAGCGGGGGGGUCUGAGAGGACCCCCAAGAUCCCGGAGGAGCCGGGCUGGCCCCGCCCGCCCCGGGACCCGGGCCGGGCCGCGGACCCCCAGCUGAGAGGGGCCAUCCUGGGGGGCCACGUGAGCCACAGCGCCCCCCCGAGCCGGGACUCCACCCUGCGGCGGUCCAGAGCCCACAUGGGCCCCGCGGGGCCCCCCCUCCAGACCGGCCCCCCAGGGCCCCCCCUGCAGAGGGACCUGCUCCACGCCGCGCUUGACAGGAAGCAGCGGAGCCAGGAGAUCCUGCUGUCCCCCCUCAGACCCCCCUCCAUGCGGCGGGACGCCCCCCGUGGCGGCCCCCCCCCCACGGCGGUGGAGAGCCUGAUCCGGGCCAGCGGGCCCCCGGGCCGGGCCCCCGGCGGGCCCCUGACCCAGCUGUCGCUGUCCAACGGCACGCUAAGCGGCGGCGAAGAAGCCCGCGGCGGCACUCAGGCCCGCGGGACGACCCAGACGCACCGUCACCACGGCGACAACCCCGCCGCUGACAUCAUGCGCACCCUCAGCUCCAGCAGCCUCCCGGGGGGGCCAGACCAGAGCCUGCGGCGCUGCACCUCGCUGCAGCGGAGCGGGGAGCUCGAGCUCCAGUGGAGCGGGAAGGCUCCAGGCUCCAUGUCCCAGGUCAAGGUUUCGAAGGUUCUGAACCUGGAAUGUCGGACCCCCACUGGGACCUCUUUCUCAGGGGACCGGUUUGGGGGUGCGGUCCAGAAUCACAGAGGUAAUGUCAGACCGCCGGGGGCUAAGCCCUUCUCCAUGAAUGGACAGACGAAACACAACGGCGCCCUGUGGUCCGACCGGCCCCCCGCCCGGGGGUCCCGAGUAACGCAGAUGACGUCUCUGAUCCCCUUGUGGACCCGGACACCUGAUCGCACGAGGGAGGGAACACAAACGCUGACCACCCGCUGGUGCUUUGACCUGCAGCGCUGGAACCCCACCUCCUGA